AUGGCUGCUCGGGACUUUGUCGGCUACGGCGCGCGUGGGGCGGACCCCAAGUGGCCCGGCGGGCAGAAACUCGCGCUGCAGUUCGUGCUCAACUACGAAGAAGGAGGUGAGCGCUGUGUGCUGCACGGAGACGAGGCGUCCGAGCACCUGCUGUCGGAUAUUGUCGGUGCAACACCGUACGUGGGCCAGCGCCACCUCAACAUGGAGUCGCUGUACGAAUACGGCAGUCGCGCGGGCUUCUGGCGGCUGCAUCGCGCGUUCACUGAGCGUAGAGUGCCUCUCACUGUGUUUGCUGUGGGGCGCGCGCUGGAGGAGAACCCACAGGCGGCUCUGGCCAUGAAGGACGCGGGCUGGGAGGUCGCGAGUCACGGGUACCGCUGGAUCGACUACCAGCUAGUGGACGAACAGACCGAGCGCGACCACAUUCGCCAGACUGUAGCCAUCCAUGAACAGCUCGUGGGCACGCGGCCCGUGGGCAUCUACCAGGGCAAACCGAACGUCAAUACCCGCCAACUCGUGGUCGACGAAGGAGGAUUCUUGUACGAUGCCGACGCGUACAACGACGACUUGCCGUACUGGGACACGCGCUGUGGACGGCCUCAUCUUGUCAUCCCGUAUGCACUCGACACGAACGAUAUGAAGUUUGUGUCAGCGCAGGGAUUCAACGCGGGCGACCAGUUCUUCACGUACUUGAAAGACGCCUUUGAUGUGUUGCUCCAAGAAGGACGUGCUGGCCAGCCUAAGAUGAUGUCAGUGGGCUUGCACUGCCGCGUGGUUGGACGCCCUGGACGCAUUGCUGCACUGCUGCGCUUCUUGGACUACGUGUUGAGCUUUCCGGACGUCUGGAUCUGCACGCGCGAGGACAUCGCACGCCACUGGUACGCGACACACUAUCCACAUGAUGCUGCACGUCCAAAGCUGUAA